CAGGGUGUGCCAAACAUUCCCCUGAUGCACGAGGGCCGGAGUGUCUCCUGCGCUCAAAACGAGUGGAUGACAGGCCUGAUGAAGACAAAGGAAUGGUGGACACUGGUAAACGCUUAGUUACGCUGAUAUUAUGCUGGUAUGAAUGACAUUGAGAAAUGACGAUAGCAAAGGGGACUGUGACGGAUUCGUACGGCGGCCUCGUGGAUGCUGUAGACCUCCUUGGCCGUCUUCCCAAAGACUUCUACGAGCAGAUGAAAUCAAAAGAGUGGCAGCGCAGAAAGGAGGCCUUGGAGAAAGUGCUCGAGUUAGCAUCCCAUCCCAAGCUUGAAACGGGUGACUAUGGUGACCUGGUGAAAUCACUUAAGAAGGCGAUAGGUAAAGACAGCAACUUUGUGGUUGUGUCUCUGGCAUGCAAGUGUCUGGGCAUGGUGGCAGGUGCCUUACGACAGCGCUUCCGGCCUUACGCAAGCUCCUGCAUUUCUGUACUGUUGGAGAAAUGCAAGGAAAAAAGACCUACUGUAUUAGUGCCCGUCAAGGAAGCCCUCGACGAAGUGGGAAAAACUCUAACCCUAGAGGCGAUGCUGGAACACGUCACGACUGCCAUGGGCAAGAAGAACCCGCAAAUGAGGGGUGAGGCAGUGGCAUUUGCGGUGAGAGUGUUGGCGCGGACCACUCCGGCCGUCCUCAACAAGAAACGUCUUAAGUCGCUCAUAACUCCGUUGCACAAAGGGUCGGGGUUCGCCGAGAAGCUGUGCUGUCUUCAGGUACUACUUCGUAGUCCAGUAGUAUGGGCCGACAUAGCGUUUGAGAAGUUUCUCGCUUAA